GGCUACAUAGCCUGUCAGGGUUGCAUACCACGCUGCCAAGACAGCAUGACCGCUGAUAUCGAUAAGCGGGGCACACAGCCUCAACAUAUACGGAAGGAGACGGGCACGCACUUUUGUUAUGUUUGGUCCUAGUCAGAAUGGAUGAGCAUCAGAUCUACAUGAAGCUCAGUGAGGAAAAGCACAUACCAAAGUCUGACAUCCUGUCUUUGCUCAGGACCUACAACUGUUACCACGAAGGGAAAAACUUCCAGCUGAGGACUCGUGAGGAGGGAGGAGAGCUCAUCCUCGAAGGGCUCUUGAACAUUUAUUGGGGUCUAUAUCGGCCCAUUCGCCUUCAAAUGUUUGAUGACAAUGAAAGAUUCUGUCUCAACAGAUCAAGUGCGGCACCGAGGUCAUCCUUUGAGUCCAACAACAACUCCCAGAUCAGGAGAACUGCACCUGCUGGUGAUGAGGAGGGUGUUCAGGAGGAAGAAGACUGCCCUCAGCUGCUGAGGACCCGGAGCGAUGCUUCCUUCAUGCGUGUUCAGAGGAGGUCAAACACACACACUGCUGGAGACCUGCAGCGCUUACGCACUCACAGGUUCUCAAUCAACGGCCACUUCUAUAACCACAAGACAUCUGUAUUCACUCCAGCCUUCGGUUCAGUCACUAAUGUUCGAGUAAACAGCUCCAUGACGACCAGACAUGUCUUAAACCUUCUGCUUCAUAAGUUUAGGGUGGAGAACAAGUGUGAAGAGUUUGUUUUGUAUAUGGUGCACGAGUCAGGUGAGAGAAUUCGACUGAGGGAUGAUGAACGUCCACUGGUGACUCGAGUGCUUCACGGACCGUGUGAGAAAAUCUCAAAGAUCUUCAUCAAGGAGGCUGACCUGGGAGAGGAAGUCACGUAUGAUGUGGCACAGUACAUAAAGUUUGAGAUCCCUGUGCUAGACAGCUUUGUGGAGAAACUUAAAGAAGAGGAAGAGCGUGAAAUCACCAAACUGACUAAAAAGUACAGUGCCCUGAAGUCUAUGAUUGUACAUCAGCUUGAAGGCAAAGCUGUAACCAGUGACAGAGUUUAAGUCUUUCUGUUUUUAAGGGAUUAUAACGGUGUGUGAGUGAGUGUCAGAGGUGGUGUAAAGCUAACAUUCAAGCUUACAGUUUCCAAGGAUACAGACCUGUAGCAGAUGUAACAAUGUGCCUCUACUUCCAGAACUAGUUUCUGUAUUUCUCUAUUUUAUAAGAACUUUGCUUGUUUUUUUCUUACAUAAUUAAUAUAAUCAUAUUGUAUUGUCACGUUUUGUAUGAAAACUGCACAUAUUAAUAUUUAAAUUAAAUGUCUUUUAUGAAAUUCUUUUGUACGUGAAAUAAAAACAUAACUUUAU